ACUUUCCUAUUCCCGCCUCUCUGCAGAUGGAUUCCUUCCCCCGCCGUGAAGCCAUCUCCCUCAUCACCACGUCGCAGGCACACAACCACAAGAAGAUGACGGAGGGCGGAAAGGGUCCAAAACCCCACAAGUAGAAGAAGCUCGAGAGAGAUCCAUCGAUCGAUCGUCUUCCACUCCGCCUUACUCACGCUUCGCACGCAGCGCAGCGCAGGCCUCGACCAUGUGGCGCACGACCGCCUCCCGCCUCCGCGCGCAUUGCCGGCCCCACGCGCUCCGCCGCCUCUACUCGCCGCCGCCGCCGCGGGUGGACCCGCCGGUCACGCCGUCCGAGGCGAGGAGGCUGGUGCGGCUCGUCGGGGUGGAGGCGCUGAAGCGGCGGCUGCGGGACGGGCCCCGCGAGGCGAUCGGCUACGGGGAGCUCCUCGACGCGUGCGUGGAGGCCGGGGCGGCGCGCACCCGCGACGACGCGGAGGGGCUCGCGCGGGCCAUGGACGACGCCGGCGUCCUGCUGCUCUUCAGGGACAAGGCCUACCUCCACCCCGAGAAGGUGGUGGACCUGGUGAGAAGAGCGGUGCCACUGGCCCUCGAGGUAGAGGACGACCCAAGGAAAGAGGAGCUGAGGCAGCUCCAGGAGAAAAAGGACGACAUCGACAAGCUUGCGCACAAGCAGGUCCGUUGCAUCCUCUGGUCGGGCCUCGGGUUGAUCACGUCCCAGAUCGGCCUCUUCUUCCGCCUCACCUUCUGGGAGCUCUCGUGGGACGUGAUGGAGCCCAUCGCCUUCUUCACCACCGCGUCCGGGCUGCUCGUCAGCUACACCUACUUCCUCGUCACCUCGAGGGACCCGACGUACCAGGACUUCAUGGAGAGGCUCUUCCUCUCGAGGAGGAGGAAGCUCUGCGCCAAGCACAGGUUCGACAUGGAUAGGUACCUGGAGCUGCACAGGCAUUGCAAGUGCCCUCUCGAAGGUCGCUAUCCUAAUGGCUCCAAGCUUCACAGCUUGUAACACCAGAAGUGGAAUCUCCCACCUCGCCUCUCUGGAUUGUACCUACAUCUUUAAACAAGUCACCAGUCACCUGAUAGAUUAAUCUUACAGACAUACCAAGGACUAAUGGCAGUGAUGUGGCACUGUCGUUAUGCCUUUAUGGUUCUCUAUGUUUGUUUGGAAAUUGAAAGCUGCUUAUAUGA